AACAGAGAUAAGGAAGGUUGUGCAUGCAAUGGAGACUCAAGGUGUUCUGCCUCUGCUGCUGUUGUGUGCUAUGUCCACCUGCUGGGGACAAGUCUACCUGACUCUGGGAUCUGGUCCUAGUAUCACUACUGACAAUAUUGAGAUCCUCAUCGCUGACAUUGGAGAGGAUGGUGGUCUCCCUUCUCUCACCUGUCACACUGACCUCACUACCUGCUGUAGAAGUAAAGCUGACAACAAUGGUAUGGGAGCACUGGGACAGUGGACGUAUCCUGAUGGGAGUGUGGUACUGAACAAUGGUGGCUCAGUGGCUGCUGGACAGCAGUUCUACAUUGUGAGGAAUGCACCUCAGCUCGUCAGACUAUACCGUAGACAGUCUAACAACCCCCUCACUCCAACCGGGUCCUACUGUUGUACUGUACCAACUACUGGAGGAGAUAUGACCCUCUGUGCUAACCUGGUUGCACCUACUAUCACAUGUUCUGAUAAUCUCCCGGCCCCCACCAAUGGAGCCAUAACCUAUGGCAUGCUGGUGGAUCCUCUAACAACAGACCAGUGGGUGCUACAGCCAGAUACAGCUGCUUUGGUGACUACACUCUGGUUGGAGUGUCAGUGAGGACUUGUGGGAGUGAUGGAGAGUGGAGUGGGCCAGCUCCAGUGUGUCAGAGUAAGGAAUGUGUAAUAUUGUGUACGUUGAGUGUGUGCCUGUUCCCAUAGUGAUAACAUGUUCUGACCUACCCUCACUGACAAAUGGGAACAUUGACUAUGGUGGUGCUGGAUCCACUGACAGCAGACCAGUGGACACUGUGGCCACCUUCACCUGUAACACUGGCUACACUCUCAAUGGAGGCAGUACCAGGACUUGUGGGAGUGAUGGAGUGUGGAGUGGGUCAGUUCCAGUGUGUCAGAGUAAGGAAUGGCUGAAUGUGUACGUUGAGUGUGUACCUGUUCCCAUAGUGAUAACCUGCUCUGACCUACCCUCACUGACAAAUGGAGACAUUGACUAUAUAUGGUGGUGCUGGAUCCACUAACAGCAGACCAGUGGACACUGUGGCCACCUACACCUGUGACACUGGCUUUACUCUUGAUGGAGACACCACCAGGACUUGUAGGAGUGAUGGAAUGUGGAGUGGGUUAGCUACAUUGUGUCUGCCUAACUGCCCUGAAUUACCCUCACUGACCAAUGGGAUGAUUAUGUACAGUGCUGGAUCCACUAACAGCAGACCUUUAGGCUCUAGUGCUACACAUUCGUGCAACACUGGCUACACUCUCAUUGGAGGUACUUUCACUGCAGGUACCACCACCAGGAUCUGUGUGAGUGGAGGGAGCUGGAGUGGGUCA